AUGGGCGGAUGGAAGUUGGAAACCGGUCGGUUCUUGAUGCUCAUCACCUUCCCAGUCGGCGCAUUUUGGCUUUUCAAUCAACCGACAAUUUUCAAAGAAUUUAUGCGAGGCUACCGAAUCCCAGACAGCAGUGCAGGUGACAAAGCGAUGGCUGAAUUCAAAGAACAACUAUUGGCGAAUAAACGAAAAGAAGAGUACGAGAACUUCUUACGAGAACAAAUGGCUUUCGAAGAAGCGAAGAAAAUUCGGGCUGCCAACAGAAUUUAA